AUGGAAAGCGCGCGCCCCAGGAGGCGAAGAGUAUCCGCUCUUCUAGCAGAAAAGGGCCUUAACAACACCCCGCGCGCAAGCGCAAACGACGAAAACGCCGCAAUGCCACCACGGACGAAGAAAUCCGAAAUCCAAAAAGAACCCCGCCGCAGGACCAUCUAUAUCCCUUCCGAUGAUACCACCAUCAUGACCAUCCACCCUGGAGCAUUCGCGUCCGGUAGCAGAAAUCCCCGCGCCAAAUCUCCCGAUCUUGGUUUCGACCUGGUAACCGUAUCGGAAGAGGAGCCAGGCCAACUCAAGUCAGCACUCAAGCAGAGCCAAAAACCAAGGAAGCCGCUGGUGGCCGCCCCCAAGCGCGCUCCCCUCCAGCAGAGUACGCGCCCAUUUCAGGCUGUUUCGUUCGUGGAAGAUAGGGUUGGAAAGGGUGUCGGGAAAGAAAACAUACCACCAGGAAGGUCAUUUAAAGCGGGAGGAAAAGAAUCGAAAAAGGCUUCCGCCCAGUUCCCGGAGAAGAAGGACCAUUCGAAACAGCCUACCAAGCCAGACGCGAUUCGCAGAGUAAGAACCAGUGCAACGGGACCUACGAGCUCUUCGCUGGUCAAAGGCGAGACGACUCGCAAACGUACGAGCUCUGUGAGCUUGCAAAAAGAAACUCCAUCCAAGGUGCUCAAAUCUGCUCGGUAUACCCCCACGGCAAGAGCACCGCUCAAGGAAAAGACACCGAAACAUCUGAGAAAGCCCCUCUCUUCUUCAGCCUCUUCUUCGCCCUUCCAUAACUCAAGGACGCCUCCACGCGCGUUGCGCCGCCAGAGGCUGGAAAAGGCGCCCUCUAAGCUCAGCGUGCCUAUGCUGGCUCAGCAAGCGGAGAAACAAGAGGAGAAGUACCCGGUCCUCUUGGAGGAUCUCCAGAGGCCAGAGCUCUACGAGGACAGCUGGCUCAGCUACCAAGAAGUUGCUAUCACGCAGCUGGUCAACAACCUGUUCCAUUCUGCGGACCCAUGUUCCAUUGACCAGGAGGCCAAGGAAGGCGAUUUAAGAAGGCAGCUUCUGGCAGUAUAUCAAGAGCCUGCAAUUCCGUUGUUGCAUAAGCGAUUGCAAGCGUCUCUCCUAUACGGUGCUUUGAGCAUUCCGAAGGACCUGUUAGACAAGGCGCUGCGCCUCAAAGAUGACGUUGGACAACGCCGAAAGUUCCUCGAUCUCUUUGUCAAGACAUAUGACCUUUCGCUUCUCAAAGCAGCGGCAGAGGUGGUCAUUGGGCGGCAGAUCCCUGUAUCCUCGAGGCUUUCCUCUGGCUCAACAUCAUCUGAGAGUGACUCGCGGCACAAGCGCGCAGAGAGAAAGGCGAUCGAGGGCUUCCUGGACAUUUUCUUCAUUCGUAAUGAGGAUGCUGUUCGUGUCAAGGCUGGCAUUGGCAGCAUAGCUAGCAUUGCGCGAGGACGAGAGCAAGCAGGCGAUGACUUUGGAUCCCAAGGCUGGUCAUGGCGACGUACCGUUCUCCGCAGCUUGAUGCUGGUCCUUCUUCUGGACUUGAGCAAGAAGCGUGACAUUAUCCCAACUCCUCUAUUCCAGACAACCUCUAACCACAAAUCAUCCACUUCGGUCCUUCAGGGGCUGGCAAGUCUUCUCUUGCCUUCUCUGGGUGACCUAUCACGACCCCUGGGCCACCUCGACUACCAUCUGCACUGCAUUCAGUACCCUCUGCAGGAAUACGACUAUCACAUCCGAAACCUAGCAACAGACUUGAGAGAUGGUGUCCUUCUGACACGGCUUGUCGAGCUCCUGCUGUACACUCCUGCUACUCUCGCACUCCAAAAGGACAACAUUACCGUCACAAUGCCCACCGGCGAGCUGCUCACAAGCUCCAUCAACGCUAGCGAUAAGGAAGCUUUUGUGCUGUCCCAACACCUCAAAUACCCCUGCAUAGGCCGAGCACAGAAAACAUACAACAUCCAGAUUGCGCUGAGCGCUCUGGAAGGUGUCAAAGGCAUCGCCAGCCGCGUCGCUGCAGAAGUCACAGCCGAGGACAUCGUAGACGGGCACCGCGAGAAGACUCUCGGCCUCCUAUGGGGCCUUGUUGGAAAAUGGGGUCUGGAAGCGCUCGUCGACUGGAAGGAAGUGGAGCGUGAGAUCCAGCGCCACCGUCAGCAGCACGAUGCCGACGAAAACGCCGACCCCGACAGCGACGAGGAGGCUGACCCCGAGGAGCUCGAGGGCCUCGAGAAGCACACCUCUCUCCUGCGCCGCUGGGCGCGGGGCAUUGCGCGCGGACGCAGCCUGCGCGUCGCUAACCUCACGACGUCCUUUGCCGACAACCGCGUCCUCGAAGCUGUCGUCGACGCCUACAUCGGCUGCAUCCCUGCUGUCGCAAACACCGACACAACCACAAGCACGCUGCCCGCAAAACUGCGCUCAAUCGGGUGCAGCGCGGCCUUUGUCUCUCUCUUCGCCGCCCCCACAACCGCACACCACUCCAAACCCAUCCCCUCCAGCGACUUCACCACCACGACGCUCGCGUUCCUCGCCGCGCGCCUGCUGCCCGCCUCGCGCGCCCACCGCGCCGCCACAACCCUGCAGCGCAGCUACCGCGCCCGCCUCGCCCGCCAGCACGCCUCGCGCCGCGUCGUCCUACUACGCCUGGCCGCGCACUGCGCGACGGUGGUGCGCGCCAGGGAGCAUGUCGUCGGCGCCGCCACGGUGCUGCAGCGUGCGUGGCGCCGCGUUCUGGACGCCAGGAUCGAGCGCCUCAUCGGCGACGUGCUGGGCUUCCAGGCGGUGGCGAGGGGGUGGGCGGCGCGGAGGAGGGUUAAUGGUGCGUUGGCUGCGGGGAAGAAGGGAGGCGCCGCUGGGAGGCGCGGAGGGAGGAUCAGAGGAGGUUGGUGA